CACACACACACACACACACACACACACACACACACACACACACACACACACAGAGUUAUUCACGAACACUCACACUCUGUAGGAAACCAACCAUCAGUAGACCACAAGGAGACCGGACCAGACAGGAGGAAGUAUUUUUGCUACCUGGACUUACGUACAGGACGCCCAGACUGUCCCUUGGAUCUAUCAACCAUGACAACGGCUGUCCCCUUCCUCCUCUCCUUAGUCCUAGUCCUCACCAACGGUCAGUAUUACUACCAGGGUCUCAUGGAUUAUCUGGAGAACAGAUUCCUUGCCAUUGAGGAUCGUAUGCUCAUAUGGCACGAGCAGUCGAACCGCUACAACACAGAGCUGCGGCACUUCAAGAAGCAGACUGCUGAGUUUAUAAAGGGACUAAACCAGGACCACGGGACCCUGCGCCAAGACCUGGAGGGGACAGGGGUACGAGUGGACCGCGUCGAGAGAGAGAUGGACUACAUCGAAACCCAAAACCCCGCUAAGCCCUGUGUGAACCAGGCAGACAGAAUGGUGGAUGUGGACCUGGAGGUGAAGGAGCGGGUGAAGGAGAGGAAGAGAGGGGGAGAGGAAGAUGGGUACUCCAGAGUCUUGGAUUGUAUAGACAUCAUCUCCAGCAUCAGAGCCAUGAAGAUCCUGAAGAGGAUGGGCAGCCCCAAGGGCAUGUGGACUAAAGACGCCAGGACCUCUAAGGUCUACGUCUUCAACGGCACGGCAGAGGACACCGUGUACCAGUUCAGCUCUGUUCUAGACUUCUCGUCCUACCCAGGAGUGGCCCACAGCAGGCCUAUAAGACUGCCCUCUCUGUGGAGUGGCACUGGAUGUGCCGUCUACAAUGGCUAUGCCUACUACGUGAUGGAGGGGGCCGACGAGCUCCAGGUGAUUAAGUAUGACCUGGCGAAUGGCACAUUGGCAGACAGUGCUGUGUUCCCAGUGGAGGUGGCAGACCAUAGACCCGUCUACAGCCUCAACCCAGAGACUGCUGUGGACCUGGCUGCCGAUGAGGAAGGCCUCUGGGCCCUUUACACCACCAGGGAGAGUGAGUCCAUCAACCUGGCUAAGAUGGACCCAGACAGCCUGGAUAUCGAGCAGAUGUGGGAUACACAGUGUCCCCAGGAGAAUGCGGAGGCAGCCUUUGUGGUCUGUGGGACGGUCUAUGUGGUCUACAACACUAGGGUGCCUAGUCGCUCUCGUGUUCAGUGUGUGUUUGACGUAAACGAUGCGGUGACCAAUGAGGAGGCUCCGCUACUGUAUUUCCCCAGGAGGUAUGGACUCCACGCCAGCCUUAAGUACAACCCUCAGGAGAAACAGAUCUAUGCCUGGGACGACGGCUACCUGAUCCUUUACAAACUGUCCAUGACGAGGAAGCUAAUGGUUUAAGUGGAUGGACUAGUGGGCAUUUUAGUCAAAUAACAUUUUAGUCCGAGACCAGAAAACAUUCUAACAUGAAGACUAUCACUGGAGACAUAUUUGUUUUUUGAUACCACUCACCCCAUAGUCCAUACUGUAUACAUUGUCUCUACAGGAAAAUGUACCUCUGUAUUUUUUUACUUGAAAUAAUGCAUUGAAUUACUGUACUGUAGGUGCCCGUUACCAAACAUAUUAUUGCUACCCCAGUUGAUGUUGAAUGGAGCUUUGAAUUAGAUUGGAAUCGUAAUAUGUCCGCAACUACUGGAUUUAUUCGGGGCAGAGAUCAGAAACGGUGUAUAAUUGAAUGCCUUGAUGGAAUGUAUGGCCCAGCUCUCCUCAAGAUUUAAUUUGGCUAUUUGCAUUCCACUUGUUUUAGUUCAUCCAAUUUACUCUUCCCUGCUGCUUCCCUGCUUUGUUGUUCACUUUGACAUACGUAGUCGUGAAAGUGACAGUCUCCGGCUAAAGUUCAUCGGCACAAUCAGAGAAAAAUAGAAAGUCACAAAAACUUUACAGAGGAGAAAUCUUACAUGAAUAAAAAAAUAUAUAUAUUAUGUGUGCCACCCAUAAUUCAUCAUACACGACUGUUCAAAAGUUUGUGGUCACUAAGAAAUGUCUUUGUUUUGGAAAGAAAAGCACAUUUUCCGUCCAUUAAA